GACUUCACAUGUCUGGAUGUAUCCCAGUGUAUGUUAAACAAAACUAUAUUGCAAGUGGCAACAACUUACCUAGAAUCGGAUAUGUCCAAAUGCCUCAGUCAAUUGCUUGCUCUAGGAACCAAGGCAAGCAUAUGGUGUCGAAAACACAUGAAGAUGACACUUAUGUCCUCCGAUGAUUCUCAAGAAGAAGAACAUUGCGGUCUGUUUUUCCAGGUGCUCUUGGAUAUGUUAGGCCAUUGGGAUGCUGUUUUAUCAGUUUUGGCAAGGCAUCCAGUUUCAACAGGAAAAGAGCUAAUGACCAUCAUUGAAACAUCUAUUUCUGAACUCUUAAACCUGACAAAAGAUUCGAUAUUAGAGGCUAAGGAAGCAGUGUUGCUUCUUCUCUUGUCGAAUUUACAUAUUGGGUGCUUUUGGGGUGCAUUUCUUCAGGGGUGUGGUUCGAGAAUUCAUACAUCUGGUUCAAAAGUACUCAAGACGGCACUAGUGGUCCUUGAUGCUGUUAUAUGUCUAUGCAGAGCAUAUUGCAACAAUGUCAAAUUGGAUUAUGAUGCUAGAAUUGAAAAUGAUGUAAACGGCGAUGACAAAGAGAAUCACAUUAUCAGUAUAACAAAAUGUACUGUUGAAAAUUUGGUUGAUUUGGGCAUCCUUGCUGCUAAUGCUGGUGGAAAUCUUGUCACUAUACUAAAUUUGUCAUGGAAAGGAGUCGUUACUUUGCUUCAGCUAUGCAAGGGGACUCUAGGAGUAAAGAUGAACAUUGCAGAGAUUAUUCUGUCUCUUCUUUCAUUGGCCAAAGGAUCUUUGAGUUGUGCAGCUCAGACUUGGUCUUCGUUGAUGGAGCCUGUUUCUGUGGCUGAAGCUAAAAGAAUUUUUAUUCCAGUUAAAUUUUACUUGAUUAAUGCCGCGAGAAUAAUCUCCCACUACCCUUCCCAAGCAUUUUCAGUUUUCGAAGAUAUAACACUUUGCAUCCUUAUGAUCUUAACCUUUCGGAUCUUCUUGGGUAAAGAAGAGCUCCUUAACACUGCAAGUGAAGCUUUGGCCGACCUUCUGGAGCCAACAUCCAUUCAUCUGCUCAAUUCUUUGUUAAAUUCAGCUCAAUUGGAACAGGAGCAUAAAUGCCAAAUUCUUGACUGGUUAUUUAGUGAUAUUACUGUGCCAAGUUUUGUUCCUGGAUAUCAAUUGAGCACAUAUAGGGACAAAUCAAUGGAUGCCAUAUUUUCUGUGACUCGUGCUUCCAUGCAUGGGUCAAAAAUAUUGUUACUUGGUCAGCUUGCCUUAUUUGUUAAUCUUCUGAGAAGUGCUCGUGAUCUGGAGGAUGACGCGAAACUUGAGGUUGCCAAAAAGCUAGAGUGGCUUUUAAAUAUUCUAACUGAUGAAGAUGUUUAUUCAUCUAUUCUUGCUUUGCGGGUACCUUUAUUACAUUGUUCUGGUCAAAUGCAGGAACUCGCUUCCCAGAACAUGUUUUUUUCUAUUAUACAUGCAAUAAAGACCUUCAUGCUUGUAGUUUCAUCAACUUCAGUUUGGGGAGAAGUAGAGUCAUUUUUGCUUGAAAACUUGUUCCAUCCACAUCAUCUUUGUUGGGAGAUAGUUAUGGAACUUUGGUGCUUUAUGGUUCGCCAUGCUGAAACAGACAUGGGGAGUCAUAUUAUCAAUACACUCUGCACAUUAUUGAGGACAACGGCUUCUUGGGAAUCAGUUCAAAAUCCUUGUAGUGUUCUUCGUAAGCUUGCCAGAUCGAUCUGCAUGCUCCUUAGGCAUGGUUCACAAUCCAUGGCAGAUAGAGUUUUCAAUUUCGUCAGCAGUAAUGCAUCCAAGUCAUUGUCUUCUAUGUAUAUAGCAUUACUCAUGGAAGGAUUCCCUUUAGAUUUUCUUUCAGAUAAGGUCAGAAGUGUUGCUAAACAAAGAAUAGUGACGGAGUAUUUUUGCUUCCUCGAUAUUUUUGAUGACGACUCAUCACGGCAAUGUGGAAAAGGAAUGUUUGGUGCACCAGUUUUUGCUUUGUCCGCUGCACUGCACUCUCUGCAGGUGAGCAUAUCAGACACAGAAAUGAAGGCGCUAAAGCUAUUAAUUAGCAUCAUCCAUAGAUACAACAAUUCUGGUGACAACUCUAAGGACCAGUACAGGAAGCUUCUCAGUGAAACUUUAGGAAUCAUCUCUAGCAUGGAGCAUCUAUAUGCAUCUGAUGAAAUAGAAAGAGUUAUCUUGGAGCUUCAGAGUCUUUUUAUCUCAGAGUCUGCCGUCACAGAUAUUGGGUUGUUGAAAUGCAUACCAAAUUUGGCUGCUUUUGUGGCAGGACUUGGCCACAUUGAAUUUGAAGAAACCGACAGCAAUGCGAAGGUUUCAGCUUCAUGGCAGUUGUUUCACAUGCUAUUAAAAGAGCGGCACUGGGCUUUAGCCCAUCUGGCAAUCACUGCAUUUGGGUAUUUUUCUGCACGAACUAAUUGCAAUGAGUUGUGGAGGUUUGUGCCACAAGAUGCAGCAUUAUCAUUUGAUUUAGAGUUGGGAGUUGAUGCAAAUGAGGAAAGGUUUAUGUCCGAGUUUAAGGUAUUCUUUGAAAAGGAAGCAGCUUAUGUUAAACCUACCCCUAGUACAAAUGAACUUGCUCUGCUCUUUAAAGAAGGUCUUGUACUAAAACAAAUGGUCCAAAAGAUGAGAACCAUUAAUAGUGAGGCUAUGAUACCCAAAUCUGAUACCAUGCAGAUAGAUGAUCCAAAACAAACCAACAAGAGAAGAAAAAUUCCAGAUGGAAUAAAUGAAGGAGUUUUAUUGUUGCAGAAUGGGCUGAGGGUUAUUGCCAAUAGCCUUACUGUAUGGCAGCAAAAUCAAUUAGAUUAUUCAGAUCUUCAUGGGGAAAUUUUGGCUCAUUUUUCUCAUCUUGAAGAUGCUUUCGGACACAUGGCUGCAAGGAUUUCUGAAACCGAGUAA